GUUCCUCAUCUCAAGUGUUUAAGCGUUUGGUGUUUUGUGUUAUUUAUCAUGAUGUUCAGGUUUUUCGUUAUUACUGUUCUCUGUGUGGCUUUGUCUUCUGCUGGCAGACAGAGAGUACGUAUCGUAGUUCCUGAACAACAAGCACAAGGAUCCGGACACUAUGAGGAAAUUUCCAGCGGCGGAUACGGAGGCGAAUAUCAAGGAGGUCAUGAACAUCUGGCUGUAGACGAAGGCAAAGAAGAAUCUGGAGCGGAACUUACCAGCCUGGCUCAUACUUCGGCUGUUCAAGCUAAGAACGCUGUGCAAUCUCAACAUACUGCCGGUAGCCAGGCGGCUUUUGGAAUCAAGAGUACUUUGGCUAGUGCCGCUCAAGGGGCCGCCCAAACUGCUCAAGCCGCUCUGGUGGGAAAACAGGCCAUCGUCUACAGCUUAAAGAGACAAGUAUCCGAAGCGGAAAAGAGACUCAGCGGUGAAAUUUCUCAAUACCAUCAAGCCGAACAGUCCGCUCAAAUCUCCCAACAGUCCGCACAACAAGCCCGAUCCCAAGCAGCUACACUAAGCGCUGCUCUAGCUUCGGCUGCCAGUGGAGGUCAACUGGCGGAAAAGGCUGCAGCUGAAGCUGCAAACGUUGCCGCCUCUCAACAAUCUAUGGUAGCGCAAGCUAAGCAACGCCUCUCCACCUUGAUUCAUCAGCUGCAAGAAGCCGUACAUGAUCUGAGCGAAACUGAAGCUGCCUACUACAAAGCCGCCGAAUCAGCGCAACAAGCCCAAAGCAAUGCCGCAGCAGCUGGUGCAGCUGUUGUAGCUGCCAGCGCCAAAUCGCAACAGUCUUCUGGUGGAUCCAGCGGGCAAUAUGGACAUCACUGAAUAAUUUUCCAAAUUUAUUUUUAUGCUUUGUGAUCAAUCAAUUGAAAAUUUUGUUUUGUAAAUAAUCGUUAUUAGUAAUAAAGACUACAUUUU